UUAGGCACGCAGUCAGCUGGGCACUUCCCCUCUGUAAAGGAUUAUCGCUGUCCUGCCUCUGUUUACUCUCCAAGUAAAGGACCUACAGUUAUUCAUCGUCUCUGUACCCUUCCCCACAACUGCAAGGAUCCAGAGGACGAUACAAGAAGACACAGAAGGCAGUGGAUCGAGUGGAAGUUCCUCCAGGAGAUUGGCGAGAUUUGCAAGGUUUGGGCCGGCAAGGAGAAGAAGAAGAGGGGGACAAAGAUCGGCAGGCUGCCGACACCCACCGCCUCGGCUCUGCACAUCACGUGCAAUGCCCUGCCCGCCUCCUGCAGGGACAUCAUCCUCCGCAAGAUCCCCGGGGUCGAGUAUGUGUGCAUGGGGAAGGCCAACUCUGACCCGACUGAGCACUCUUUCGGCAAGCGCCGCACCAUGUGCGGCGCCAACUACUGGACGAGCGUGCAGAACUUCAUGGUGAGCAACAGGUUGGCCCAGCGCCUGCAUUUGCUGAAGCUCGUCGGGUUCUUCCCCGGGGACGUGCAGGCCGACCUGGACCGGGCCAAGGCAGAGGAGAAGGAGGACGACGAGGUGAUCUUGGCCCAGCUUGCCAGGGAGCUGGCCGACGACCAGCCGGACCCGCCGACGGACGAGUUGCUCCUCGCCAACUCCGUCGGCAACUACGCCGGCUACCUGGCCAGGAAGGUCCAGGCCAACUCCUCUGUGGCCGAGUGCUGCAAGCAGGAGCUUGCCCAGCAGGAGGAGAUGAAGAUUACCGUGGAGCUCGAGAGGGGCGACCCGCCCUCUGUGAUGUUCGACGCCCUGGUCGAGCUGGUCGACAGGGGAGAGCUGGAGACGGGCCGGGCGGUCCUGAAGCGGCCAUCUCUCCCAAUGGCCCACAUGGCGUCCUUCGGGAUGUCGCUGUGGGACUCCCUGAUGUGCAGGGAGGACAAGAAGGAGCGCAGGUUGAGGUUCCUCUCCCUUGCCAUGCGCCACAGGGACGGGUUCAGGCACCUCCUGGAGUUCCUGGCGGCCUCAGACCCGACCUUGCAGGGGUACAGGUGCCAGGAGGGCCACAACCUGGCCAACACCAUAUUGCCGCACAUCAGCAGGUCCCUCUUCAACUGUUUCGGUGCUAAUUUCUCCAAGGACGUGACCUCAGAAGCGAGGAAGAACAAGGCCUUGAAGCAGCCGACCGACAGGAAGAGGAGCAGUAUCGAGGAGGGCAGGAAGGAGACGGCGAGGAACAGGGACGUGUACAAGUCCAGGAAACUGACCGGGGCCCACAAGUCAUAGGCCAAAAGGCUAAAGUGAUUGUUCAGGGACGAGGGCCAGAUAGCCGGCAAGACGUGCUGCGGCAA